AGAGCUCGGCUUUAAAAAGACCAGUGCCAUCCACGAAGCGAAUCAAAUUGCAACCGGCAUCCACACCGACAUGAAGCUCUUGCUAGCUGUGCUGGCUCUUACUUCCUUGUGCUCCGCAGCGCCUCAAUCCGGAUAUCUACCUCGAAUUCCAAUCGAUGAUCAUUUGAUUGGCCGGCCUUUGGUGGCUGAUCUCUGGUCAUCGGAAGUUUUCGAUCCAGUCAGCGUUGAAGAUGAUUCUUCAGAAGAGGUGGUCGUGCCCAUCACACUGGAACAGGCUAGAGCCAGGCUGUUGAGGUACAUGAGAGAGCUGGAACGUGACAUUGAAGAGGACAUUUUCGAAAACGAUUUCCUCGACGUCCAGUCGUCCCUCUACAAAUUGAACAACAGGCUGUGGCCGAAAAUGGUCUAUUUGAGCGAUCAGAUCUACGACAAUCUGCUGCUGGCCGAUGACGUCAAAGCCCUGGAACGUGAGCACAAGAUCCGUCUCGGACUCAAACGCGACGUGGCCCGAAUCCGCUUCAAAACUGGAACUCGUAAAUGUCCAUCACCCGAUGAAUCGUUCUUCGCCCCGACCAAACGUUGCGUCGUCGUUGAAUCCAAAGAAGCUGAUCUCAAUCCGUGCGCGUCCAAGAAAGACAUGCUCCUCUACGAUGGAAUAGACAACAGGGCCGUUUGCGAUUGCGUCGUAGACGAUCGCAAUUUGGUCUUCUCCGAGCUCGAUGGCCGUUGUCAUCGUCUAAACGAACAGGGUCCUUGCCAAAACGGUACGUGGUUAACUAUGUCAGCCGAGAGCAAAGUUGUUUGUGAAGAAGUACCUGCUGAUUGCAUCGCUGAUGGUGAACACGUGUACUGGAGCCCAGAUCCAUUGGUGGCCAAACCCCAGUGCGUCCAGUUGAGCAUCCGCGGAUCUUGCGCCGAAGGCAAUUUACUUCAACGAGACGGUUCGGGUGCAGUCACGUGUCAGCCUCCCUCCAGGCCGCAACCGCUCGUUAAACUUCACACAUCGUGUCCUCCAGGUAGUUUCCGCGGGCAGAAUCACCAGUGUCCCAUCUAAAAUUUGUUACGCAUCAACGCACAUUGUUAACCCGUUUUUCUGUUUCGUUUUUUGUUAAUUGUUUUCUUUUAAACCAUACUACCCCAGUACUUUGCAUGCGUACGUGUGAUGUUACACUUCAUGUAAACACUUGCGAAUUUAAAAAUACAGCCAGGGACAAGUUUCGGUUA